GAAGCGGCUCCUUUCACGUCCUUGCUCAGGGCCUGCAAACCAACCGCUCGCCCUUUGGCAGCAGCCAUCGCCGUCUGUUCCCACGGCAGCGCCCAGGCCACCCCCGAGCCCCUGCCCGCCUCAGGCGCAGGCGCCAUUUUGGCAGCCGCCGGCCCGGCCCGACACCAGCGAAGCAGCGCAGGCGCAGAGCCGCUCCGGGCCCGGCAGGCAGCAUGGAGGACGCGCUGAAACGGGCGCUUGGCACUGCGGUGCUCCGGCCCACGGGCCACUCGGGGGGCGGCUGCAUCAGCCAGGGCCAGAGCUACGACACCGACCAUGGCCGGGUGUACGUGAAGAGCAACUCCAAGGCGGAGGCCAGAAGGAUGUUUGAGGGAGAAAUGGCAAGUUUGGAAGCCAUCUUGAAAACACAGACCAUAAAAGUGCCUAAACCCAUCAAAAUUAUAGACAUGCCUGGGGGCACUACUCUAUUUGCAAUGGAACACUUGGAAAUGAGGGGCUUAAACAGACAUUCAGCAAAGCUCGGGACACAACUGGCUGAUCUCCACCUUCAUAACCAGCAACUUGGAGAGAAGCUGAAAAAAGAAGAAAGCACAAUUGGUAAAGGUCAAGGGCAAAUGGAAGUCCAGUUUGUGGAUCAAUUUGGCUUUCAUACAGUUACCUGCUGUGGCUAUCUCCCACAGGUGAAUGACUGGCAGAAUGACUGGGUGACUUUCUUUGCCAAGCAAAGAAUCCAGCCCCAGAUGGAUAUGAUCGAGAAGAAUUCGGGAGACAGAGAAGCAAGAGAGCUUUGGGCACAGCUUCAGCUGAAGAUUCCCAGCUUGUUCUGUGAUGUAGAAAUUAUUCCUGCUCUCCUGCAUGGAGAUCUCUGGGGAGGAAAUGUGGCUGAGGAUGAUUCUGGUCCAAUUAUCUUCGAUCCAGCUUCUUUCUACGGCCAUUCAGAGUAUGAGCUUGCAAUAGCUGGGAUGUUUGGUGGCUUCAGCAGUUCUUUUUACUCUGCUUAUCACAAUAAAAUUCCCAAAGCUGCAGGGUUUGAGAAACGCCUAAAGCUUUAUCAGCUUUUUCAUUACAUGAACCAUUGGAACCAUUUUGGUACAGGGUACAGAGGGUCUUCUCUAAACAUUAUGAGAAACCUUGUAAAGUGACUUCCUGCUGAGGCAGGAUACUUGCUGUGUUGCUUGGAAAAUCCCAGACUUGGCAGUGCAACUACAGUAGUAGUAAUGUUAAACAAAGCUACCAGACCCUUGACCUCGUUGCUCAGCUGAAGACCUAGAAUCAGUGAGUCUUGCUGAAUGCCAGGUGUAAUUUAGUCAUCCCUUUUCAGUCAUCCCUGGGAAUAAUUUUAUGAGGGAAAUAUCAAAGGAAGGGGUUUACUCAGUUGCACAAAAGAUCUGUUGGUGUCAGGAAUGCACUGUAUACUUGAGACUGGGCAAGAUAAUGCAAAUCAAGCACUCAAGUGUAAAUGGUGGGAAGAAAUUCUGUCUUAGGGACCACUUGUGCUUCAGAGUAGAGAAAUACCAGAUUUUUAUUUGUAUCCUAAUGGAAAACUUCAGAUAAAUGUCUGUCAAAUGGAAAAUUGAUUUUUUUCAUUACAGCAAAGAUGGCUGAAAAAGUUGCUCCUUGCUUUUUGUGCUUUAUGAUAGAUUGCUCAGACACUUUGAGCUCCUCAUGUCAAGUUAUGUGCAUGAGAACAACAUUAACAAAAUAGUCGGAAAGUCAACAAGAAAAUUCUGUAGUGAGAGAUGUGAAAAAUGAUUUAGACUUGCUGUUCAUUAUGCUGAAAUGAUUCUAUUGGAUGGAGAGUGCUUCCUGUUCUGUUAGAAAGCUGUAUGAAAAUGCUCAUCAUUUUUUCUGGCAUGUGCAUUUUGGUGCCUCCUGGCAUACCUGUAGGCUGCUUCAUGCUUGCCAGUCAGUGGGCUCUUACUCAUAUGUGUUUUGUUUUCACUAGAACUAGGCUCUCUUUGAUUUUGAAUCAUCCUUUUGUCUAGUAGAGUACAUUCUUGAAGGCACUUUAGAUGUUCACAUCCUGUGAAGAUGUACACUCUCACUAACAGAAACUGAAGAUGUACUUCUUAGCUGUUGUCAUUGCCCACUGGAUAACACCACCCAUUGAUGCAGGCUUCACAUCAGUUUUCUAUAGUUGAGACUCCAGGUGCCAUAAGCUAACAUUUUUCUUCAGUCCCCAUGAAGUGCACUUUCUAGCUCUUGGGAUAAGAGACAUGAAGCCAAAGGAAGUUCAGAUGUAACUCACAGAACAGCAGCUUUACAUCGCUGUCAGAAGUUCUGUAAGGACAGCUUUGCAGAGUAUCUGUUUCUUGUACCCACUGAUAGUAAUGCUGCAAUUGCACUCUUUUUGAUGUAGGCUGGCAAUGCAAUUCAGUGCAAGCAUACCAGGUAGGUGAGAGAGAUGCAUGGUUUCUAGCAUGCACGUGGAGUGUUUGGGAAUUACUUUUGUUAAUUAAAGAUGUUUUUCACUGGAUAUUGGCAAAUUACAAAGAGAUUUUUAGUUGCUGGGUUUGCAGUUAUUCAUAAGUAAGUUUAGAGAGGACCAUUGCUUGAUGUGACUUUCUUUCCUUUAUUCUACUGCUCUUGUCAUUGGCUGUUUAACUUUUGCUACAAAGAGUUUUAAAGCCUUGCUUGGUAGAAUAGCUUUUACUUUGUGGCUUAAAUAAAUUAUUUCCCUGUUGA